AUGGCGAGAAAAAUCCCGUUGCUUGCGAAAAUAUCCCCGUCUCAACAAUCACAUAACAUGAUAUCAGUUCCAGCUCAAACAGGAGGUGUUGAUGAUCAUCCACCACACCUGGAACCAAGCCAAUUGGGCACGAGGGAAUACUGGGAAUCAUUUUACGAGAACUCUCUAUCCCACCUCUCCUGGAAGCGACGUGCGGGGCGCAAGUACGGUAACCGAGACGGAGACGGGGACGCCAACGGAAGAGCCAAAGAAGAAGAAGAAGAAGAAGACGAAGAAAGAGAGGGAGAAUGUGACGAAGGUAAUGACAGCGAUGAAGAUGGAGGUGAAGAUGGAGAAGACGACGACGACGACAGCGACCCCGGUACAUCCUGGUUCGCGGAACACAACGCCCCCGAAAAGGUCUUGAGAUUCCUCACCUCCGAAUCUUUCCCGCUAGCCCCCUGUAGUACUCAUAAUGAUGGCAACAAGAAUAAUAAUACGCAACCGCAACCGCAACCGCAACCGCAACCCACCAUCCUCGACCUCGGAACAGGCAAUGGCAGCAUGCUCGCCCUCCUCCGCGACGAGGGAGGCUUCACUGGCGGCCAGAUGGUCGGAGUUGAUUAUUCGCCCAAGAGCAUCGAGUUGGCGAGGCGGUUACACCGUGGCUCUGCCGGGCGGGGUAGGGACGGGGAAGGAGACGGGUACGGGGGCGGGGACAGGAUCGGGGCGGAUACUACUACAACUGCUACAUCUACUAUCCGCUUCGAGGUGUGGGACGUCUUUGACAAGCGGGCUGUGGAGGAGUUAGAUUGGUUCCCUGUCGCGCGGGGUGGAUUCGACAUCGUCCUGGACAAGGGGACGUUCGAUGCCAUUUCGCUCUCUGCAGAGGAGAUAGCGGUGGAUGUGCGUACGGUGGGGGGACCGGGGGAGAAAAGGGGGGAGGAGGAGAAUGUGGACACGAAAGAGUCCCGGGUGGUGCAGAGGAUGUGUGAGCGGUAUCCGGAGAUCGUGAGGGGGUUGGAGGGAGGCGGGAGAGAACGAAGGCGGGGAUAG